AUGGCAUCACAGGAUCCAAUCUGCCAGGCAGUGAAUUUGUCUGGUGGCCAACCAUGCACAGCUGUUGCGACAACGUGGGAGAAUCUAUUCUGUAGAUUCCACGGAAAACAAUGCCAUGGCUUAUACAUAGGUUACAAGAGGCGAAAUGCCAAGCUGGAUGCCCUAUCUGAAAACCUCCCGACUUACCUGCGGGAAUCCAAAGUCCCAUUAGCUAACGAGACAUUUGAUGUUAACGAUGAGAAGACAUUAAGAGAAAUACAUGCCCAUCUCUACCAAGAGUAUGUGCUACUAGGGAAAGUGAUAGAUGCGAGAAAGCUCCAUCACAAGCAUUUUUACUCACUUCAAAUGGAUUAUGGUCAUCAAGCCUAUCUUGACACUCUAUCAAGCCGACGUCAUAUCGUAUUACGCGCCUUAGAAAAGCUCGAGACUCGUACAGCUCAAGUUCUCUAUGAGAAAGAGACAUGGUACACAUGGAUUCGCGAGGCUCAAAAGGAAGAGGAAGCAACCCGAGAAAAGGAGUCUAAGAAAGUUAAACUGGAGGCGGCUAUGUUCAAGCGACACUGGAAGAAGAUGGAAGCUCGCUUGCGAACUCAGCGCGAAAAAGAAGAGAAACAGCGGCAAGAUACCUAUCUCGAAGCAGCGUACCAGGAACGCAUGUCUGCACUAGAUAGCGAAGACGACGCGGAGAUGUGGGAUCCUAUCGAAGAUAUCACGGAGGACGAACGUAGCCGAUUUGUGGAUCUCAUCAAACACUUCUUAUGGAUGGAAGUUCUUGCCGACAUCGACGAGAAUGAAGAUUCUGCCCGGCAAGCUACCACAUCGUCUGAAUUGGCUGUCGAGGCGGAGAAUCUCCCAAUCUUGGAAGAUAAGCAACCUAAGAAGGGUAAGAAAAAACCCAAGUCAAAGGCUGCAAAAGCUUCAACUUCACAAAAUAAGACCAAGCCGCAGAACGCCACUAAAUCCAAGGACCGGCGGACGGGCCAAAGCCGAAUUAUGGAAAUGAUCGACGAUGACGAGGAGGCGCCUGGGGAACUUCCGGACCCAGAUAAGAGCAACAUCGAAACCGAAAGCGAAAUGCGGAAGCGUCUUAAGGAAGGCGUCGAAAAGAAUUAUGAUGAUAUCGAAGGGCCAAUUAUAGUAGGAACAUUAGAAGCUCCUCAUGGCACGCAUUUGAAGACAGCCCCCUUAGCAGAUGAGGAGAUCGAUUCCCUUACGAAGGACAUCAAAGAGAUCAAAUUACUAUUGUUCUGCCGACUUCUAUUAUCUCACGCCUCAUUACUCCCAGCCGCUGUGCGGGCUCCGAGCGUAGAGGCAUUUCUUAGCGACCCCGAAAUAGCCGCGUCUGACUUGCGAGACCUCUGUCUGAAAGUUGAACAACCUAGUCUUCAGGACAUACGAGAUGCAUGCGCCGAUCUUAUCAGAGGAGACGAGCCUGAAGCCGAGAACGAGGAAGAAGAUAUACUGGAAGAAGAGUCUUUUGAGGAUGUCAUACUACAAGAACAUCGAUAUGGCCACCUUCAAGAUCCCGAGUGGUUCCUAACUAAUAUGCUUGCCCAGCGCCAGAAGCUCAUCAAUAGCGAAGGGGGUCUCGCGAAACUCAAGAAAAAUUUCAGCAAGAAACCUCAAAAGCAACGGAAGAUGAAAAUCCAAGUCUGUGGCAAGAGUAUUUGGAAUUAUUCGAGCGAAAGCUCAAUGUCGCGUGACGGUUGGCUUCAAUUCUCCGUUAUGGCGAAGGACUGCGACCUCAGACACGCCGUUCAGCUCUGUAGAAACUGGGAUGAGUUUUCGCGACUCAACUUCCUUACCGUUUGGCAAUAUUUCCCUGCUUCGAAUUGGGUUUCCUGGAGCAGCGAUAGGUUUACCCAACAGCUUCAUGAACUUGGUUUCUUCCCGUAUUUCAAAGAUUUCGAGGCCCAGAAACACAGCCAUUACCAUCAAGUCGGAGGCCGAAGCCAACACCGACGCCAACACAGCUUUUUCGAAGUUAGGAACAUCAUUGUUGGCCACAUGAGACGUAACGACUCGGUAACACGCAGGUUUCUCCAAUACUGCACCAUGCGGACCGGCGAACUCUUGCUUCUUGUGCGAGAUGGUAAGACGGGAAAGAUAAUUACCGCCCCCGAAGAGGAGCACCUAUGGACCAUGCGACGUAAAGAGGGUCUUGGCCGUGCUUCUAAAAAAGAGUGGGAGAUAAUGCUCGAGGUCGGACCUGAGUACUUCGACAUGGUAGACAUCCUACGAAGGUGGCGCUUAGGUUUUGAAGACUACUACGAGGUCUGGUUAUGGGACUUUGUUCCUUGUAACGAUGCAGCUCCUCUAUAUAACGUAAUCGCCACGGAACUUCGUAAAGCAUGGCGUGUCACCAAACCCCUAGACAUAUAUGCGCACAGAGAACCUUUCCUUCGUAGCCUUACCAGGAAUCAGGAUACGAUGCGCGUCCGCUCUAUCCGGCCCGGAGAAGACGCCCCGAGCUUAUGGGACGAUGUUACUCAUCCUUUAAACACAUUCUUUACCGCCGAUGUGUUGAAUAAAAAGGUCCUCGAAACGAAUGGCGACGCACAUAUGGAGGCUUCGCCAUACUUGUUCUACAAUGAAGCUGAUGCUGCGGAGGACUUAAUCCUUUUCUCAGACGAAUUAAUCUCGCCUAAUCGAAACGUCCCUUUCAGGGAAGUUAGCAACUCGAUAACUCGCAUAGAAACGACUCCUGCUACUAUGAUCAACGUCCUAGCUGAAGAAGCUAGGGAGAUGAGCAAACGUGGUAAGGAUGUAUCCAAACUUCCCGAGGCAGACGACGACGAAGAUUGGAGUACCGAAUCUGAAUAUGUCAUGGACGACGAAGAAAUGAAGAUGACAACACAUUGGAGUCUGCCGCAAAUAUGGGAAGAUUCGACCGCAAUAGUUAAUAAUAGGCACAUCAGCAGCGAGAAAAAGCAACUACUACGUCGAGUUGGUCUUCUAAGCGAAGGGUCAAAUUACAUUCGCGGAGGAAUUAACAGCUUAAACGGCGUAGAAACCAAAUUGAGAACCGCGGAUAAAACCAUGGUCAUGGAAAAGGAUCGCGGCGCCGCCCUAGUAGAGGCCUUCCAUGCCGGAGAUCUGGAACCAGGUGCCCAGGAGAAAUACGCCGAGACCUGCAAGAUUCUCCGCGGCAUCCUUGGACCUCAGAAGACUUUCGGUUCGACAGACUGGGUUUGGUUCUUGGUUGACAUACUCGACUGGCUUGAACUGAGAACCGAUUAUACGACUUACAGCCACGAAGCUCGAGCAGGAUGGCCACACCCGUUCAUCACCCAAGAUAUCGUAAAAGCCUUUAUGCAGAUGGCCAUGUUCUUUCCCACCCUCGAACAGUGUAAACCAGCGAAAGACUUCUUCGAAUCGGAAGAGGGAAGUCAAUAUAAGGACAGCUUACUUUUCAACCUCACCGAACGUGCCAAGGCGAUCCCAGAUUGCCGCGCAAGGGCCAGUUUCAAGCACCGUCCUAAAAGGUUCUGGAAUGAAUGGGAUGCGUUACUGAAGGACGCCGAAGAAAACGAUAAAUAUUUCGCAGACGUGUAUCCCAUCAAAUGGAGCGUCGCCGUACGACCCAUCCUCGCAAAACUAUACCUCGCCGGCAUCAUCGCCCCAGCCUACAUCCAAAACGACCCCCUCGUAAUCCCCGGCUUCGCCGUCGCAGGCGAAGAGUCACACCGCCCGGGUAAGCUAGACCUAUUCAUGGACUACACCGACCGACAAGGCGCGAUCCAAUACCCGCAGAACAUCCCUGGCUUCGUCAGCCCCUCCGACUGGCCCGUCCUGCUACCCCUCGCCCGCGCCUUCGCAUCCCAGCACGGAUCAGGCGCUAGAUUCGCCAUCCUCCGCGUCUGGUCCGCACCACACUUCUACCCGGCUAUGCUCGGCGACUGGAACCGGCACGCGACCGCCUUCCUAGACGGCAACGGCCGCUCGUGGAUCUGGAAGUUCAUCCCGAAGGAUAUGCCGAUUAGCGAGUGGAGCAUGUACAACACGCUCAAGCUACGGCUCGAGCUUCUAAACAACCAGCUUAAAGUCGGGGAGCGAGUGGUUCAUCGGAACGAGGUGAUUUUGGUGAUGGGCACUGACGAGGUGGAUUUGUUGAAGUACGUCACGGCGGUGACGUUUGCGAUUCAGACGAAGCCGUGGCAUCGCGAGAUCGAUCUUUGGAAGAGCUUUGUUAAUGUCGAUUUGGGGUUUUUGGAGGGGGUGGAUGAGUAUUGGCUUGAUUAA